CAUCAUCCUCAUCAUCAUCAUCAUCAGUCACCACAACCACCAUUAUAAUCAUCAUCAUCACCAUCGUCAUCAUUAUCAUAAACGUUAUAGUGUGUAGUGCCUUGUCUUAUAUGCUGAACCUAUUUUCAUGCUCAUGCCAAUGUACCGUAAUUGACUGUGAAGCUGUUAGCCCAAAAUACAUACAUGCACUUUAUCGUCCACAGCCUCCAAAUCAUAUAACAGAAGACUUGUUGGUGCUGAGAUAAGAGUCCUCAAUUCUACUGAUGGCCUGACUAACGGAACAUCAUGUGGUGAACCAGUAUCAGAAGACGACGUCACAAUAUCGCCAUUGGUUGAAUUUUUCUGCGACCCCCCAGUUAAGGGACGUUAUGUGAAAUUAUGGUUCCCAAAUACAUUAAACUAUAUAACUAUUUGUGAAGUUAAAGUUUACAGUUAUGACUUCGAGACUGAGCCCAAUUGUGAUGACCUUUUUCCAAUCGGAAUCUGGCCCAUGAACGUUAUCUAUCAGCUACACGACGUAUCUGGAAAUGGUUACAAUGGAAACACAUCAUCAGCUCUACAGUUUGCUACCGGGGUGAAUGGUAAAGAAGGGGAAGCGAUCGUAGUGAACCCAGCAUUGGGUAUGACACUUACAAUACCCAUUCCUGAUGAAGUAGCAGGUUCGAUCCUCACGAUGGCGUUCUACGUUUUUCCUUUUACUGGUUCCAGUGGGGUCAUAUUUGAAUUCGGCCAAUUUCAAAUCAUCCAUGCGUUCCCCAAUAAAUUUGUAUCAAUUUCGCAUAUAGCAGUUAUUUAUAUUGAUGAAGAGGUUAUUCGAUGCAACGUCGUCCGCCAUGAAGAAUGGACAUUCUUUGCCGUUACUUUCGACAGUUUUGAAGGGAAAAUGCAACUUUGGCGAAACGGAGAGAUUGCCUGUAUGGCCAAUACGAUAUUCUCAAAUAUCACAUUUGAAAGCCCGAUGGUGUUUGGUUCUCAAAGUGUGCAUUUCAAGAUAGCGAAGUUACAGGUAUACGACCGGCCACUUGAUGAAGCUGAGAUGCAUUUAGCUAAGGAUCGUCAUAUCGAUACUCUAAAUAAAGAGUGUCGUCCAUGGCCACAUUUGUUUCAAAAGCUUACGUCUUCAGGAAAUAUCGCAUCAUCUAUGAUUUCGAGUUCUACUGCGCAGUCUCCGAUUACGUGCGCACAUCGGUGUCGACAGAACAAGAAGUGUUUCAUUUUCAGCUACGAAAAGGAGAUAAAACGUUGCCAGGAAUUUACAGAUCUGUCGCAUAUUGAGGUGGAAUCGAAAUCGAUUCCGUUAUAUUAUAAAGAAGUUUAAGGAAUUAUAAACACGUUGGUUGUAUUAUUGUUCUAUUGGGCCGAUUGUAGCGUAAAAACUCAGAUUUCGUUACGAUAUUAGUUAUAUAUUUUAAUUUUUAUCAAUUCGAAGUUUAGUCGUGUUACCAUUUCAGUAAACAUAAAACAGACAAAGGAAGUAGAAAUAUAUAAAAUAUAUAUAUAUAUAUAUAUAUUAUAUAUACAUAUAUAUUAU